GUACACAUUUAAGAGUUAGACACUGCCUUGUUGAUUUUUGAUCUCUUUCGCUUUCCGUACUUGUUGUUGUCAUGGCGGCGACGGUUUAAACUUACUCGUAGUGAGCAACCAUGUACAUAAACGUAGCUUUUUUUUAAGAAUAUACCACCAAUUUAGUAAACGAUAUAUGCAUAUUAACCAUUUAAAAUACGUAUUUAUUUGCUUUUCAAGCAUUUGAUGGGCGCAGCUUCAAUACAACGGCUUUGUUAGCUUUUCCGUACUUUGUGGCUAAUUUGGUCAUUUUUUGCUGUGAUUAGUGUGUUUUUUUUAAAUUAGGUGCCAUGAUUUCCAUUGGACAACAAACUAAUGAGAGGGAGUGGGUUGUUUUACCUUCAUCCACUCAUAGCAGCGGUUAUUUAUCCACUGGGACCUCCCAAACUCAGCUGUUGUUCAAUGAAGCUGUUCCAGCCAGCGUCAACAACCGUGCCACCGUUGUGGGUCCACCGUCUCCCAUUGUUAUCGAAAAGCUGCUUCCCCUGUCAGGGGAGCAGGAGAAGGGGGACAGCAUCAAAAGCUUGCUCAGCUUCAGCAGUCUGUCUGAAGAGAAGCUACAAGCUGCUGUAAAUCUGGCCAAGAGAGACCUGAGAAGACGACGGUUCAAUACCAUGUACAAAUCCCCUGCGGACAUAUCCAUAUCGGACACAAUUGAUGUGGCCCUACCUCAGGAGAUUACAACCAGUCUGAGUCUGAAGGAGAGACUGACCCGACCUGCAUCCAAAUGUCCAGUAGACGCAACCAGGAAGUGUCCCGUUGCUUCCAAGCCAAGUGGCCGCUUGCUACCCACGUCAAGACAUCCUGUCUGUACCUCAAUGGGAGGGGCAGACCAACACGUUGUCUUAAGACAGGAGAUCCGCAUGCUUCAAAAUGAGCUGGAAAAUCUAAAAAAGGGCAGGGACACCAAUGUAAAUCGAAAGGAGAGAGUAAACCUACUUGCAGCCAGACAACCACAGGGCACACCAAAGAAGUCUUCCAGGUCUUUAGGAGGCCACCCCCAUUCAGUGAGGCCUCCUGUCCAGAAGCAAAGGGAAGCUGCACACCAGCAGAAUAUCCACAGACAGGAGCUCUUCGCUCUGCCAUCUGAGCUGGAACACUCAGAGAGCGCAUACAAACAGAACAGAGCAACCCAUUUGAGUGGUGGAUACACUCCAAAGCAAAGCGCAGAAGACACAUCCAAGAAACCUUACAUCGCUUCUAUGUCGUCCUCGACACAAGAUUAUGUUGUCGCGGGCCAGCAGAAUCUUUUAAGCCAGGAAAUGCACAAGCUGGACGAAGAACUGGAAAACAUUAUCCACCAAGUGGAAUCACUAUCUGACAGAAAAGGAAUGGAGUCACUGGAACCCGACGAACUAAAGAAGUUUGAGGUUCGCUGGCAGAAUCAAGCAGUGCACUCGGCACGUACCAUCUACGGUCUCCAACAACAGAUUAGAGAGACACAGCAGUACAUAGAGAAGUUGCACAACCAGGACAUAUGGGAAGCUAAAAAGUCCACCGCAAUUCAACGGCUCGCGGGUGCCCAUCGUGGGACUCUGAAGGCUUUGCAGGUUAUUGUUCACCAGCUUUCCGAGCAGUUUUACGACAAGCUCCCGUCUCAUUGCAAAGAGCUGAGCCGGCUAAUUUGCCAGCUUUCAUUGUGCUCAGCCAAGAUACAAGUUGAGCCGGGUGCAGCGAUGCCUGAAACCGCUGUCAACAUCCUGAAGAAACUAGAGAUUUUGGAUUCUGCCAUCAGUAAACACGAGAUGCUGCAAAAGCAAAAGAUGCAAGACCAAGCUUGUCCUUCACAGAAGAAGUCGAGUUAUCCCAGUUUGUCAUCUACCAGAGCACCUAAGGGGCAGGGCAGAGCACACAGAUCUGCUAAUGGCACAAAUCCCACAAGACAUGUCCAGGCUCAGAGGAUGGCGGCUCAGAAGCAAAGAGGACCACAGAGACCGGCACAGCAGAGGGCGCUGGAGGAACUGCGUAUAUCUGCAAACAAAAACAAAAAAGGGGGGGCGCCACAGCAUGAGAAGAACAAGUCUCAUUCAAAAAUGCUGGGCAAUCAGAAGCCGAAUGCACAUUUCAGGCAGCCCACUGUGUCUUCUCGACUUCGGGUGAAUCAACCUCCACAAAGGGAGUCGUCAGUGCCAUGGAUACCUGCGUCACUUCACACCGUUUCACCGCCACGUUCUCAUCAAAAGAUGUCACCAGAGCCCAGAUGUCUCUCGUCUCCUGCAAAGCCCUCAUCAUCGAGUCCCGUGAUGCAGAAAGUGACCCUAGGGUCAGCCGAAGAGGCCGACUUGAGCUUAGAAAAUAAACGCCAAGCCCAGAAUGAAACAUUAAGAGGUGCUUGGCUGGACAAGAUAACAACGCAGAGACUGAACGAGCUCAACCAGCUGAGUCAAGAGGAGGUUGAACGUAUCAAGAAAUUGAGGGCCGAGGUUGUCUCACCAUCACAGUGGGCCGUGAGAGCUGAGCAGGAGGCUCGAGAGAAAAUCCAGCCCCUUCUGGAUGAGGCCAAGAAUCUUGGCGAGUUCAAUAGUAGGAGCAGCACAUCUCUGAGGAAUAAGCUGUCAGAGCAGGCUGUAAAGAGGGUAGAAGGCAAUGCUGAGAAGCUAAGUGAAGCCCUUUUGGAUGACCUCUUAGAGGAUGCUGAACGGGUGGCGUGGUCGGUGAAGAUGGAUGAACAGCUGGAAGGCGUCACCCGUAGGAUGAUGCAAGCCCCGACCCUGGAGAGUAUGCUGCGUCGCAUGGAGGAGAUACAGAAGGACCAGGAGGAAGUGAGGAGACGCUUUACCUCCAUUGCCUACUCAGACCCUAUUCAGUGGAGGCAGCCUGCAGACUCUCAGGUUCAAGUUUCUGGUUCCAGGCCAAGCUCUCCACAGCCCAUUAGACUGACAAAGUUGGUGCUGAGGCAGCCUGAAACAGCUAAUAUUGUUCUGGAGAAACCAGUGGAGACCGGUGUCCUUUCUGAGAGCAGCCUGACAGAGGAGACGCCACAAGAAGAGCAGCAGCCUGUCAACGGUGUUCCGAUAUUCCCGGCUCCCAAGGAGCAGAGCACGGGGACGGUCAUCAGUGUGCCAGGUAGCAUGCUGAGAAGCAUCCGACGGUACAGAGACGAUUACGAUACCUACCUGUGUGAUGUGGCGCAUGAAGCGGGCGGAGGAUUCAACUCCUGGUCCAUUGCAGACAGCCUGGCAGAUGAGUUGCUGUGGGACGCCGUAGCCGAUGUGGCUGCAGAGUUUCAGGAUGUAAUGGAGGAGUGUGCAGAGGCCGUCUUCACCUGCGAGUUCCUGCAGAUGAUUCAGUCUCCGACUGCCUCCUCUUCUGCUGUGGUUAUCCAAUAGAUGAUGACAACUUUUUUUUUUUUUUUACCUGCAUCAUGGACUGUCAAGAUGUUUUUUUUUUUUUUUAAUUCACUUAGUAUUUAUUUUGUACAAAGGGAUUUAAUUAGGAGUUUAUGUAUCGGGGUCCCUCGCCACCAACAUUUUUUUAAAUAAAACUGUAGCACGAUUGCUUCACUGCAUUGCACUGAGCGCUAUUUCUCUUUCUGGUCCAUCUCUUAUGUGAGAUUGUAUUCCACAGAGAAAAUUAGUUUAGAUAAGCUUUGAGAGACCAUUACGACAUUACGGGGGGGAUUAUAAGAUUACCAAACUCCCCUUCGCACGUAUUUCUGAUCUGCACGGAUUACUCAUACUUUCUAUUUUCAGGUUUGAAUGCUUGGUCUAUAUGAUUUGUGUUAUGAUGGUGAGGGACCUCAUGUUAAAUGGCUUUGGUCUGCAUGCUGAGAAGAGGAUUUUCUUGAUAUGUGAAAUCCCUUGUGUUUACUUACUUCAUUUAUAAUAACAAUAUAAGGCGCAAAACAAACAGGAUGUCGGGUUGACCCCUUGACAGUGACAUGAAGACAUACAGAAAUUGCAAACAUUAUCUGACAUGUCUAUUUCUCACAGUGUGUGAGCGGCUGUAUCAAGCUUCCAUAUGAUCCUGCUUCUCUGAAAGUGUCGUUUGUUGUCUUGACAAACACAUCUGAGAUUAUUUUGUUGCGUUCAGGCAGAGAUUAUUCAUCAUUGUCCGGUGUCAGUGGAGAGAUGUUUAAAAGAUAAGGCAUAGCUGCCAAACCAAAUAAGAGGAAUCAGUUUCUCUGCUGAUAUACACACUUGGAUAAACGCACAUGUUUAUAUUUUUGGCAUGGUUGCGUGCCGGUUAAUUAUUAUUUUUUUAAAUUUGCUCACAAUUUAUAAACAAGCAUAUUGCACAUCACAACAGAAACAGUAUGGUAGCACCGUCAAGGAACUCAACUGCCCAGCCAGCAUUCAUAAUCAAGUGCAAUCACAAUCAGGUAGACAAAGCUGUGGAUGCUGUCCACUCGUGAUACUUGAAAUGCCGCUACUGCACUCUUGAAGUGUUAAUAAAAACCGCAUCAGUAUAUAGCCUACAACCCUGUUAAAGCAUUUUUUUAACCUGGUGCUAACUAGAUACCCCAACAGUUGGUUUUGUAUACUGUGCACCCAGCAACUAUAGGAGGCUUGGUGGUUAAUAGAUAUAUGGAUAUACAGACAGGUACUCUAACAUGAUUUUUUUUUUUUCCCCUUGAGCACAGCAGCUACUAGAUCUGGCGGGGAGGGGGCACUCUUCAACUUGACCUCUAUUGGUUUUGAGAGGUGAGAAAUUCUGCACAUAUUUGGUGACCAUUUGUCUUUCAUUAUUCCAGCUGAAUGUUGUCACUUUUCAGGUCACUCUGAUGGCAGAGAUGAUCUCACGAGAGUUAAAAAAAAAAAAAAAAGUGGUUUC